CGGGGGUUGAACAUGGGGCCUUUAGCCAUGCAAAACGGACACUCUGCCACUGGGCUGGCGAAUUAGAGCAGGAGCCUAGUGAGUGCCCCUUCCCCCCCCUCCGACUCCCUCCCUUGCAGAGCAACUUCAUCCCCCUUUGUUUUCUAGCGAGGCUGGCUCAGCCAAAGGGUUAAAAAGAAAGAGCCUGAAUUCCUAGAAAGGCCGCUUGGAGAGCUGGGGCUGGGAAGAGACGAAUAGCCCCUUCCUCUUGCUUGGCGAUGGUGGGACAAUGGCCGUUGUCUCUUCUCCUUGGUGGGAUCCGGACUUAGCAGCCUCUUCGUUUUGGGUGGUCAUAGCCUCCAACAGGGCUGAAGAAUCCCCUUGCUCUUCCGGCAGAUUCUCUCCCAAGGCAGACUUGCAGGAAGAGGUGAAGACAGAAGCGGAAAACUUGCCUGACCCUGAAGCAGGAAGAGACCAUUAUGCCAUCAAAAUUGGGAGCAGUGAGGAAUUCCAGGAAAGAACAAAGUUCCGGACUGAGGAUAUCGUCAGGUCAGAUGUGCAGCGCCAGCAUUUCAGACGGUUGUACUACCAGGAGGCCGAGGCCCCCCGAGAAGUUUGCAGCAGACUCCACCAUCUCUGCUGUCAGUGGCUGAAGCCAGAACGCCACACAAAGACUCAGAUCCUGGAUCUGGUGAUCCUGGAGCAGUUCCUGGCUAUCCUUCCCCCGGAGAUGGAGAGCUGGGUCAGGGAAUGUGGAGCAGAGACCACUUCCCAGGCGGUGUCCCUGGCCGAAGGUUUCCUCCUGAGCCAGGCAGAGGAGAAGAAUCAGGCAGAGCAGCAGGCCCGUUCGAUGGAAGCUUCUACAGAUACUCCAUCGGACACCGGACAGAGGACGCUGUUCAGGUGGAUCGUGCAGGAAGAGGAUGGAGGUGCCGCCUCUUUGGCAGACGUAUUGAGGAUGCCAGCACUUUGUGCUCAGCCAACUCUUCUUGGUGGGGGAAAGGAAGUCGCUUCCAUGCAGCCAGAUCAGGGUCUGGUGACCUUUGAGGAAGUGGCUGUAUAUUUCAGUGAAGAGGAGUGGGCUCUGCUGGAUCCAGACCAGAGAGCUCUGCAUAGCGAAAUCAUGGAGGAGAUUUGUGGGACUCUGGCCUGUCUCGGAGGUGAUGUGUGGGAGAGUUACGACGAGGAAGAACCGUUUGGGGUGCCAUUGGAAAGAACCAGAUGUAUCAAGGAAGAAGAUCAGAGAAGUAAAACUAAAUCAAAACAGACGCAGAGGGACAAGUCCUCUGCUUCGCAGCAUGGCGACUUCUGUGAAAUCGUAAUCCAAGACAAAAUAGGCAACAGGAAAGAAAGGAGUCAGUGUUCCAUUUGUGAGAAAAGCUUCCGUUGUAAGUCAAGCCUUCACGUUCAUUGGAAAAUCCAUCUAGGAGAGCAACCUUAUCAAUGCUUGGAGUGUGGAAAGCGUUUUGGUCAGGGUUCAAAACUAAUUAGGCACCAAAGAGUACACACAGGGGAGAAGCCAUUUCAAUGCCUGGAGUGUGAAAAGUGUUUUAGUGACAAAUCAAGCUUUAGCAAACAUCAGAGAAUGCACACCGGGGAAAAACCAUGCAAAUGCUCAUAUUGCAGCAAGAGCUUUUCUGAUAUCUCGAGCCUGAAAAAGCACCUGAGGAUUCACACUAGGGAGAAACCAUAUAAAUGCUUAGACUGUGGAAAGAGCUUCAGUCAGAAAUCAGUCCUUGCUGGUCAUCAACAUCUCCACAGAGGGGAGAAACCCUUUAAAUGCCUGGAAUGUGGGAAGAGCUUUUGUCUAAAAUCAAGCCUUAAGAAACAUCAGAGAAUGCACACAGCAGAGGAACUAUAUAAAUGCUCAGACUGCAGCAAGACCUUUUUUGAUAAAUCAAGACUUAAACGACAUCAAAGAACGCAUGAAGCGGAGAAACCUUAUACAUGCCUGGAGUGUGGCAAAGGUUUCCUUUGGAGUUCAACCCUUAUUUUACAUCAGAGAGUCCAUACAGGGGAGAAACCGUUUAAAUGUCUGGAGUGUGGAAAACAUUUCAAUAGGAGCUCAAACCUUACUUCCCAUCAAAGGAUCCACACAGGGGAGAAACCAUUUGAAUGCCUGGAGUGUGGAAAGACCUUCAGACUGAACACACACCUUACUUCCCACCAAAGAAUCCACACUGGGGAGAAACCAUUUGAAUGCAUGGAGUGUGGGAAGAGCUUCAGUCGGAACACAAGCCUUGCUGCACAUCAGAAAAGGCACAGAGGGGACAAACCUUAUGAAUGCUUCGAGUGUGGAAAGAGCUUCAGGUGGAGUAGCGCCCUUAUGGUGCAUCAAAGAACUCACACAGGAGAAAAACCUUACCAAUGCUUGAAGUGUGGAAAGAGCUUCAGUGACAGUAGCCACCUUACUUCGCAUCAAAGAACUCACACAGGGAACAAACCUUAUACAUGCUUGGAGUGCGGAAAGAGCUUCAGUUGGAGUAGCAGCCUUACUUCGCAUCGAAGAACUCACACAGGGGACAAACCUUAUCAAUGCUUCGGGUGUGGAAAAAGCUUCAGUGAGAGAUGCACCCUUACAGUGCAUCAAAGAAUUCACACAGGGGACAAACCUUAUACAUGCUUGGAAUGUGGAAAGAGCUUCAUUCGGAGUAGCAACCUUACUUCACAUCAAAGAACUCACACAGGGGACAAACCUUAUAAAUGCUUCGGGUGUGGAAAAAGCUUCAGUGAGAGACACACCCUUACAGUGCAUCAAAGAAUUCACACAGGGGACAAACCUUAUCAAUGCUUGGAAUGUGGAAAGAGCUUCAGUGACAAUAGUGCCCUUACUUCACAUAAGAGAAGUCACAUAGGGGACAAACCUUAUACAUGCUUGGAGUGUGGAAAGAGCUUUAGUUGGAGUAGCUCCCUUAUUUUGCAUCAAAGAAUUCACACAGGGGACAAACCUUAUACAUGCUUGGAGUGUGGAAAGAGCUUCAGUGACAAUAGUGCCCUUACUUCACAUAAGAGAAGUCACACAGGGGACAAACCUUAUACAUGCUUGGAGUGUGGAAAGAGCUUCAGUCAUCAUCACCAUCUUACUUUGCAUCAAAGAACUCACACAGGGGACAAACCUUAUCAAUGCUUGGAGUGUGGAAAGAGCUUCAGUCACAGUAGCAACCUUACUUCGCAUCAAAGAAUUCACACAGGGGACAAACCUUAUAAAUGCUUGGAGUGUGGAAAGAGCUUCCGUCAGAGUAGCAACCUUACUUCGCAUCAAAGAACUCACAAAGGGGACAGACCUUAUCAAUGCUUGGAGUGUGGAAAGAGCUUCCGACAGAGUAGCACCCUUACUUCGCAUCAAAGAACUCACACAGGGGACAAACCUUAUCAAUGCUUCGAGUGUGGAAAGAGCUUCAAGUGGAGUAGCAACCUUACUUCACAUCAAAGAACUCACACAGGGGACAAACCUUAUACAUGCUUGGAGUGUGGAAAGAGCUUUAGUCAGAGUAGCUACCUUACUUCGCAUCAAAGAACUCAUACGGGGGACAGACCUUAUAAAUGCUUGCAGUGUGGAAAGAGCUUCAGUGACAGUAGCCACCGUACUUCGCAUCAAAGAACUCACACAGGGGACAAACCUUAUAAAUGCUUCGAGUGUGGAAAGAGCUUCAGCUGGAGUAGCACCCUUAUGGUGCAUCAAAGAACUCACACAGGGAACAAACCUUAUACAUGCUUGGAGUGUGGAAAGAGCUUCAGUGACAGUAGCCACCUUACUUUGCAUCAAAGAACUCACACAGGAGAAAAACCUUAUAAAUGCUUGGAGUGUGGAAAGAGCUUCAGUGACAGUAGCGCCCUUACUUUGCAUAAGAGAAGUCACACAGGGGAGAAACCUUAUACAUGCUUGGAGUGUGGAAAGAGCUUCAGUCACAGUAGCCACCUUACUGUGCAUCACAGAACUCAUACAGGGGACAGACCUUAUCAAUGCUUGGAGUGUGGAAAGAGGUUCAGUCGGAGUAGCACCUUUACUUCGCAUCAAAGAAGUCACAGAGGGGACAAACCUUAUAAAUGCUUGGAGUGUGGAAAGAGCUUCAGUCGGAGUAGCUACCUUACUUCGCAUCAAAGAACUCAUACAGGGGACAAACCUUAUUAAUGCUUGUAGUGUUGAAAGACCUUUCGUCAGAAUGGCUACCUUCAGGCACAUCAAAGGAUCUGUUCAAGGGAAGAGAUGUAUAAAUGCUUUGAAUAUGGAAAAAGCUUUAAGCAGAAUUCAACUCUUUCUGUGCAUCAAAGGAUCCAUACGGGGAAGCCAGGCUACCAACAGGAUUUUUAUGGGAAGUUUCAGACCCCUGACACUCUUCUUCUCUUAGCUUAACCCCAGACUGUUCCACUUCCCUUCACCUGCUAUCUUGGUGGCCUGUCAGUUUUUCCUUUGCAGAGACAGAGAGGUUUUGGCUUUUCCAGAGAUGGGUGAGCACCCAAGAUGGAUGCUGAGGCCAAGGGGGCUGCAGAAGCCAAAAUGGCCUCUCCGUUGUCCAGUUUCCCCCCAUCGUAUCCCCCCCUCUGGCAGUUUCUAGCUGCCAAAUUCAAUAUUCAAUUAAUGACAUUUCAUCAUCAUCAUCAUCAUCAUCAUCAUUAUUCUUGCUUAUUUCUACCCUUCCUUUUGGCCAAAAGGCCCUCAAGGUGGCUUAAAAAACACACAACACAAAUAUAAAAAUACAUCAAUAAAAAC